UCAAAAUCUGUGCUUGGAGUUAGCAACCAUGGGUGAUCUGAAACUUGUUGAGCGUCCUCAGAACUAUAGUUUGGCACCUGAAACAAGCAUGCAGAUAAAAGCAAACAUCAAGGUCUCGUCCACAGAGACCGGAGUCAUAUUCGGGAACAUCGUCUAUGAGACAUCAAAUGUAAUGGAGCGAAACGUCGUGGUUCUUAACGAUAUACACAUUGAUAUCAUGGACUAUAUCUCCCCUGCUGUUUGCUCAGAGGUUGCUUUCAGAACCAUGUGGGCAGAGUUUGAAUGGGAAAACAAGGUUGCUGUGAACACCACUAUUCAGAACGAAAGAGAAUUCCUCGACCACAUUAUCAAAUCCACAAACAUGAAGUGUCUCACAGCCCCAUCCGCAAUAGAAGGAGAAUGCGGAUUCCUUGCAGCAAACUUAUAUGCAAAAAGUGUGUUUGGUGAGGAUGCUCUAGUGAAUGUGAGUAUCGAGAAGCAAACCGAUGGAGCACUGAGUGGGUACAUAAGGAUAAGGAGCAAGACGCAAGGAAUUGCUCUAAGUCUUGGCGACAAAAUCACCCUCAAACAAAAGGGUAGUAGCUGAGACUUGGAACGGUGGCCCGCAGAGUAAUAGGUCUAAACUACGUACGUUUCUCUUUAGACUACGUACGUUUCUCUCUUGUGCAAAUUUUUGUUGGUUGAAUCUGUUUUACUGAAUGGAGGGAGAGGCGUUUUAAGGAUAUGUAAAGAGUAAUUUGUUAUCAUUCUUCCGUAACCGGUAUAUUUUCCGGUAUGGUACCGAAAGAUUCUUCCUCAUACGGCAGUGUGUUUUUCUUACAGUACUUGACGAUUUUGUUUCCUUUGUAAUGCUCUUUCUUCUAUAAUGUCGUUUGUUGAGGAGAUUAAAACCGUGAUUUUAUAGAAAUGUCUCAUCGAUAGUAGGUUCAACGUUA